AUGGGCCUCCACAUCCUAGUCGUAAACGACGACGGCCCCCCCAACCCCCAUUCCUCCCCUUACGUCCACUCCCUCGUCCGCGAGCUCCAGUCCCGCGGCCACACCGUCUCCGUCUGUCUCCCGCACACCCAGCGCUCCUGGAUCGGUAAGGCCCAUAUCAUCGGGCAGACCGUAAAACCCCUCUACUACCGCCCGCCUCCCCCAUCUGCCCCGGCCGCCGGGCUGUCCCACGAAGCGGAGCAGAACGGGGGUGUGGCGCUGAGUGAGGGACAAGGGGAAAGGGGAGACCACGGGACGAUACAUACAAGACCGCACCCGAAGCCCGGAGUGGAGGAAUGGAUUCUGGUUGACGGCACGCCAGCGUCGUGUGUGCAGAUCGGGCUGUACCAUUUCUUUCAGGACCGGGGGCCCGUCGACCUCGUCGUGAGCGGGCCGAACUACGGGCGGAAUACGACUGCUGUGUUCGCGCUGAGCAGCGGGACGCUGGGCGGGGCGCUGGAGGCGGCGGUUUGUCGGGUGAAGGCCAUCGCCUUGAGUUACGCUUUCUUUACGAAGAAUCAUGAUACGGGAAUUAUCAGGAAGGCGACCAAGCGCGGGGUGGAUGUGAUUGAGGCACUGUGGAGGGCGUGGCCGGGGGAUGGCAGCGUGGAUUUGUAUAGCGUCAAUGUGCCGUUGUUGGAGGGUCUGGAGGAAGGAAAAGUGGUGUAUGCGGGGAUGCUGCAGAAUUAUUGGGGGCCGGGGAGCUGUUUUACCGAGGUGGAUGGGAGUGUGGAUGGGGAGGAGGAGGAUGAGGAGAGGAUUAGGGAGGAGGAGGGGCAGGUUGAGGAGGGACUGCAAGAAGGGGGACACAAGCAUGCGCCGCAUACGCAUAAGCAUUUUAAGUGGUCGCCGCGGUUUGUGGAUGUGUAUAAGAGUGUGGAUGAGGCGGGCGAAGGGCCGGGGAAUGAUGGGUGGGUUGUUAAGGUUGGAAAUACCAGCGUCACGCCCCUCAAGGCCAACUUCUUCCAGACGGCAACGCAUCUGCACGGGACGGAGCUGAAACUGUCCAGGCAGCCUAAGCGAAGCAUGACUUUUGGCAUGGAGCCGGCCCAUGGAAGCCAGGAGGAGAGAGGGGCAGUUAUUGAAGAGCCAGCAUUACAAAAGCCAACCACCAAGCAGGCAGAACAGCUCGAAGAUCUGCUUCUCCGUUCAAAGAUCUCCCCCGUCUACGCCCUCGUCGAGUACAACGACGCCUACGUCCAGCCCCUGAUCCUCUCCGCCAUGGAAUCUCUUCUCCCAGCUCACGGCUAUACUCUUGUCAAGCCCCCCUCCACCUGGUCAGCCACCUCCAACCCCGACAUCUCCCUCUCGUCUCUGCUUCCCUCUCCCGACGCCAAAAUCCUCCAGAUCAUGCCCUACGAAUCCCUCGACUUCGAAUACGCCGCCACGCACUCCUCCACGACACUCCUGAACAGCUACAUGAUCCGCAAGGCGCUCAUCCGCAAGCACUUCCUGUCAGCCACGGUCGACGCCUGGGUCUCGAAGCACCCCGAUUCCGUGCUCAAGAUGCACGUGAAGAGGGCCGAGGCGUUCGAGGUGGAUUAUGCCGAGUUUCUAGACGAUGCGUUGGUGGAGGCUUGGGAUUUGCGGGCUAGUUUGGAGAAGAAUGAACAAUUAUUGGAGGAAGGGAAAGAAGAGGAGAUGGAGUGGUGGAUUCUCAAGCCGAGUAUGAGUGAUCGCGGGCAGGGCAUUCGAUUGUUUUGUAGGAUGGAGCAGUUGCAGGUGAUUUUUGACCAGUGGGAGGUUGGGAAUGAUGAGGAGGAUGAGGAUGAAGAGGGGGAGCAGGAGAAUGAGGGGGAUGGGGAUGACGACGAAGACCACAUCACGACCUCUCACCUGCGUCACUUCAUUGCCCAGCCCUACAUCCAUCCCCCUCUGCUUAUCCCCCAGCUCAACAACCGCAAGUUCCACAUCCGCGUCUACGUCCUCUGCGUCGGCGCCUUGACGGUCUACGUCUACCGCGAUAUGCUGGCUCUCUUCGCUGCCAAACCCUACACGCCACCCACCUUCUCCCUCGACAAUGACGAAAAUUCUUCCGAGCUAGACCUCGACGCCCACCUAACAAACACCUGUCGGCAAACCUCCAAAUACGACACCCCGGACCCGGACCUCGUCCACCUCUUUUGGUCCCUCCCCCUUCCCUCCUCCCAAAAACAGUCCAUCUUCACCCAAAUCUGCGCCGUCACCGCCGACCUCUUCGAAGCCGCCGCCCGCAGCAUGUCCAUCCAUUUUCAGCCUUUGCCUCACGCGUUCGAAGCAUAUGGACUGGACUUCCUCGUGGAUGCGGGGGGCACGACGUGGUUGUUGGAGGUGAAUGCCUUUCCGGAUUUUGCGCAGACGGGGCAGGAGUGUUCGGAUGUAGUGAGAGGGUUUUGGAGGGGGGUUGUGGGGAAAGCGGUUAAGGGUUUUGUCACGGGGAAUGCUGGCGGAGAAGAAGAGGAUGGGAUGGUGAAGGUGAGGGAAGUAGAUUUGGGGAGAAGGUAG